CAGCCUCUAGGAUCCAGCACGGCUCGCGGGUGAGGAAGAAACCCGACCCAAGCCUUUCAGCAGAGCUCCUAGAGGAAAGGCAGGAAGGAGGACCAGGAGGCAUCGGUGCUUCUCACUCUCUUGCCCAGAGAGGUCUGAAUUGGGGGGAAGAUCAGAAUCUUCAGAACCGGGAGGAAGUGGUGAUCAUGGAGACAGAUUUGGCCGAAAUGCCCAAGAGAGCUCUGUCUUCCCAGGAUUCUUCCUUUUCCCAAGAGAAUAGCACAGAGGAGGGAGAAGUGGCAGCUCUGCGCCUCACAGCCAGAUCCCAGGCAUCAGUGACAUUCAAGGAUGUGGCCAUGGACUUUACCCCAGAGGAGUGGGGGAAGCUGGAUCCUGCACAAAGGGACGUGAUGCUGGAGAACUAUAGGAGCCUGGUCUCGCUUUGGCUUCCAGUUUCCAAGCCUGAGAACUACGAUUUGGAGAAUGGAAAAGAACCAUUGAUGCUUGAGAGAAAAGUCCCCAAAAGCGGCUAUUCAGACUUGGAGACUAGACCUGAGAGCAAAGAUGCAACUUCAAUGCAAGAUUUUUCUAAAGAAGAAUCAUGCCAGGUUGCAAUGACAGACAGACUGACAAGGAAUAGUGUCUAUGACUCCAACUUGGAAACAACACUUGAAUGUGAAAAUUGGUUAGAGAAUCAGCAAGAUCAGGAGAGACGCUUGAGAGAAAUGUUCACUCAUGUGGACUCACUCUCUGAAGAAAGAGCUCAUGAGCAUGAUGUUUAUUGGAAAAACUGUAGUCAGAAGUCUGUCCUUCUCACUCAAGACAGAGUUCACAAAGGAUCCUAUGCCUUUCAAACACUUGAAAAAAGACUGAAACAAAAAUCAAACUUAAUGAAAAAGCAGAGAACCUAUAAAGAGAAAAAACCUCAUAAAUGUAAUGAUUGUGGUGAGCUCUUCACUUACCAUUCGGUGCUUAUUCGACACCAGAGAGUCCAUACCGGAGAGAAACCCUAUAGCUGCAGUGAAUGUGGGAAAUCUUUUAGCCACAGAGCUAAUUUAACUAAACAUCAGAGAACUCAUACUAGAAUUCUCUUUGAGUGCAGUGAAUGCAAGAAAGCCUUCACAGAAAGCUCAUCCCUUGCAAUACAUCAGAGAAUUCACAUUGGAGAGAGACCUUAUGAAUGCAAUGAAUGUGGGAAAGGUUUUAAUCGAAGUACGCAUCUUGUGCAGCAUCAGUUGAUUCAUACUGGAGUGAAGCCUUAUGAAUGUAAUGAAUGUGAUAAAGCCUUCAUUCAUUCAUCAGCACUUAUUAAACAUCAAAGAACUCACACCGGAGAGAAACCCUAUAAAUGUCAGGAAUGUGGGAAAGCCUUUAGCCACUGCUCAUCUCUUACUAAACAUCAGAGAGUUCAUACUGGAGAAAAGCCAUAUGAAUGUAGUGAAUGUGGAAAAACUUUUAGUCAGAGCACACAUCUUGUUCAGCAUCAGAGAAUUCAUACUGGAGAGAAACCCUAUCAGUGUAAUGAAUGUGGGAAAACCUUCAGCCGGAGCUCAAAUUUUGCCAAACAUCAAAGAAUUCAUAUUGGAAAGAAACCAUACAAAUGUAGCGAAUGUGGAAAAGCCUUCAUUCAUUCAUCAGCUCUUAUUCAACACCAGAGAACUCAUACUGGAGAGAAACCUUAUAGAUGUAAUGAAUGUGGGAAAAGCUUUAAGUGCAGUUCAUCCCUCAUCAGACAUCAAAGAAUUCACACUGAAGAACAACCUUGAAAAAUUACUGAAUGUGAAGAAAUGUAAGUUGGCUUUAUCACUGUGUUAAAUACCUGAGUGUUCAGGUGGAAAACCCAUAAAAUGGUGCUUGAGGACCAAUUGUGUAUGCAUCUAAAUUUACUGGCAUAAUACAUAGUUUUAAGCCAUAGAAGAAUGUUCCUUAUAUCCAUUGAUUUCAUAAUUUUGAAAGCUUUUAGACAGAGAUCUCAAAUUUUGAUCCAUAACCCGCCCCCGCCAAAUACCCUUUUGUGGAAAUUCAAGAAAUUUUUGAGAGCGGGUAGCAAUAUAAUCGUGAAAUCCAGCUCCUCCCACUCUGUCACAUCAAAACCCUGUUAUAGCUUCUCACUUUGUGAGGAAUUUUUAUUUGGUAGGUUAGCUGGAGGUUUCAUAUCCUUAUCAUUGGGAAGACAGCGUUGUUUCUCUUUGAAUCCAAAGUAGAGAUCCAGAUACACAGAUAGUGUCAUUUCUCCAGAGAGCAUCAUUUCUUUUACAUUAGCAAUAAAAACUUAAGAGUUGAGUUGACAUAUGCUCUGGAUUCUCACCCUCCUCCAAGAAGCUACUGUCUAAUUUGAUGAACAUAAAUAGAAUGUAUUUACAGCAGGUUCUAAGUUAUGUUCACACAGAUUAUGCUGGUCAUAGAUUUAGAUAAUUGCUGUCUCUGGAAUUUACCCUAAAGUAGAGAUUGGGUCAAAAUCUUGACUGUAGUUUUUGAUCAAGUCCCUCUUUUCUUAUCCUUGGCAUUGAAUGAAUCCUUGGUUUUCUAUAAUCACAGUGUUAGGGAAAUUUCAUUUCUUUACAUUAUUCUGCUUUCUGUAAACUGUGCUUUGUCACUUUGAGAAAAAACCUCUGGGAUGUUGAGGGUCUGAAAAGUUGAUGGGUUCAAUGUAUUAUUAUAUUUAGGGUCCCAGUCAAGAAGAACGGAAGCAGCUGUGAGACACAAGGACAUACCUUCCUGUCAGAUAUGGAAAAUAGCUCACAGGACAGUGACUCACUUGAGGAUAAGCAGCUUCCCUCCAUGAAGAAGAAGUUGCCAUUUCUCUGGCCUUCAUGUUUACCCACAUUUUUUGUUGUUGUUCUUGUCUUCCCUAUAUGUUGGCUGAUCUUUGGUAUAUCCCAGAGCCCUAAAGAAGGUAGAAAAGGCAUGAAACCAUGAUGACAUAUUGACAUAAGUUACGUGGGUGACCAAAGACCAGUAGUGGGAUGGGAAACACAAAAGCAAAAGUUCAAAUAAAUAUUUAGCAAAACACUAUACAAAUGUCAGUUAUUGUUGUUAU